CCGUCGGCACCAUGCAGGGCACACCGCUGGCAGCGGGGUGCGAGCUGCAGCUGUUCGGGGCAGCGCCGGCGGCCGAAGAGAUGGCAAAUCCCGAGGUGGUUGUAAAUCGUUGCAGCUCUCAGGAAGAGGAAAAUCGCUGCACUUUCAACCAGCAUACAUCUCCAUCUGAGGAGCUUCUAUUAGAAGACCAGAUGAGGCGAAAACUCAAAUUUUUUUUUAUGAAUCCCUGUGAGAAGUUCUGGGCUCGAGGUAGAAAACCAUGGAAGCUUGCCAUACAAAUUCUAAAAAUUGCGAUGGUGACUAUCCAGCUGGUCUUGUUUGGGCUAAGUAACCAGAUGGUGGUAGCUUUCAAGGAAGAGAACACUAUAGCAUUCAAACACCUCUUUCUGAAAGGGUACAUGGACCGAAUGGAUGAUACCUAUGCAGUGUAUACACAGAAGGAUGUGUACGACCAGGUCAUCUUCGCAGUGAACCAGUACUUGCAGCUGCGCAACGUCUCAGUUGGGAAUCAUGCUUACGAGAACAAGGGCACGGAGCAGUCUGCUAUGGCAGUCUGUCAGCACUUCUACAAGCGAGGAAACAUCUGUCCUGGAAAUGAUACCUUUGACAUUGAUCCAGAAAUUGAAACUGAAUGUUUCUUUGUAGAGCCAGACGAACCUUUUCACAUUGGAACACCAGAAGAAAAUAAACUCAACUUAACGCUGGACUUCCACAGACUCCUAACAGUGGAGCUUCAGUUUAAACUGAAAGCCAUUAAUCUGCAGACAGUUCGUCAUCAAGAGCUCCCUGACUGUUACGACUUCACCCUGACUAUAACAUUUGACAACAAGGCCCACAGUGGAAGAAUUAAAAUAAGUUUAGAUAAUGACAUUUCCAUCAGAGAAUGUAAAGACUGGCAUGUAUCUGGAUCAAUUCAGAAGAACACUCAUUACAUGAUGAUCUUUGAUCCCUUUGUCAUUCUGACUUGCUUAGCUUCGUUAAUCCUCUGCGUUAGAUCUGUGAUUAGAGGACUUCAGCUUCAGCAGGAAUUUGUCCAGUUUUUCCUCCUCCAUUAUAAGAAGGAAGUUUCUGUUUCUGAUCAAAUGCAAUUUGUCAAUGGAUGGUAUAUUAUGAUUAUUAUUAGUGACAUAUUGACAAUCAUUGGAUCAAUUCUAAAAAUGGAAAUCCAAGCAAAGAGUCUAACAAGUUAUGAUGUCUGUAGCAUACUUCUGGGGACUUCUACUAUGCUUGUGUGGCUUGGAGUCAUCCGAUAUCUAGGAUUCUUUGAGAAGUAUAAUCUCCUUAUUUUGACCCUUCAGGCAGCACUGCCCAAUGUCAUCAGGUUCUGUUGCUGUGCAGCUAUGAUUUACUUGGGCUAUUGUUUCUGUGGAUGGAUUGUGCUGGGGCCCUACCAUGACAAGUUCCGUUCUCUGAACAUGGUCUCUGAAUGCCUUUUCUCUCUAAUAAAUGGAGAUGAUAUGUUUGCCACAUUUGCAAAAAUGCAGCAGAAAAGCUACUUGGUCUGGCUGUUUAGCAGAAUUUACCUCUACUCAUUCAUCAGCCUCUUUAUAUAUAUGAUUUUAAGUCUUUUCAUUGCACUGAUCACUGAUACAUAUGAAACAAUUAAGCAUUACCAACAAGAUGGCUUCCCAGAGACUGAACUUCGUACGUUUAUAGCAGAGUGUAAAGAUCUGCCUAACUCUGGAAAAUACAGAUUAGAAGAUGACCCUCCAGUAUCUUUAUUCUGCUGUUGUAAAAAGUAACUAUCAGGUUUAUCUGUGCUUUAGAGGAAAAUAUAAUGUAUAACUGAGUUGGAAAACUACAAAAAUAUUUUGAGAUCAGGUGUAGUAUGCUUGAAGACUAUCGUUUUGAGCGAAUUGAUAGCUAAAAUUCACUGAGAACCAUGUUUCUUUUUUUAUUAGCACUAUUUAAUGUCUUUGCAGCUUUAUGCUGGGCUUGUUUUAAAAAAACUAGCUGAUGAAGGAAGCUGUUAUAUUAUUAUUCUUUCUUGUAUUUGGCCAUAGCUUUAGAAUCUGUUUUCUAUGCCUCUCUUUAGCUCUUACACUCUUGUUUCCAGCUAUUCUGACUGUGUGGAUUGUGUCAUCAGUGGAAAACAAUCCCUGGUCUGACAGUGACUUCAGGUAACUCAGUGACCCUGGCCUGGACCACUCUCGGUGGUACAUUCCUGAGAGAGUGGGGAUAUUUACUAUAUAGCCAGGAAUCAUUGUAAAGUUUUCUUUUAAAAGGCAGAGUAAGAAACAACCAUCACCAGCUAACAGUGCAAUACAGUUAUGUAAUGCUUAAUAAGAGAGAUAUGUUCUGAGAAAUGUGUUGUUAGGCGAUUUCAUAGUUGUGUGAACAUCACAGAGUAGUUAACUCAAACCUAGAUGCUAUAGCCUACUGCACACCUAAGCUAAUAUGGGAUAGCCUAUUGUUCCUAGGCUACAAACCUGUACAGCAUG